AUGACAGGCAGUCUCCGCAAAGAAUGCGACAAGGCCGCACAAAUCCUCAAGAGCUUCGUUGACAAAGGCCGAAUACCCGCGCAGGUUAUCGCCCACGCCAAAGGCCUCGCGAUCUUCUCGGGCUUCCGCGCCGCCAUGUACCUCGCCGGGGCAGGCGGGUCUGGGGUCGUCGUCGCGCGACUCGCCGACGGAUCGUGGUCCGCACCCUCGGCCUUCUCCGUGCGCUCGGGCGGCAUCGGGGUCGUCUACGGCGUCGACGUGUACGACUGCGUGUGCGUGCUCAACACGCAGGAGGCUGUCGACGCGUACAUGACCAGCGAAAUGACCAUGGGAGCGGGUGCGUCAGUGGCCGCCGGCCCCAUCGGCGGCACCGCAGACAUCAGCACCAAAGAAGUCAACCCGAUCUGGACGUACACAAAGUCCCGCGGCCUCUACGGCGGCUUGACCGUCGACGGCACCGUCAUCAAGGAACGCCCGAGCAUCAACGUCGACGCGUACGGGUCCGGAGUCACGGCGGCCAAGAUCCUCAAGGGUGAGACGGAGUGGCCGGCAAAGACGCAGCUGCGAGAGGUCCUCAAGCUGGCUGGGGGGGAGAGCGCAGACGGGAAAGUUCUCGGGGCGAUCAGCACGGAGCCGACGCCGGGGGAUCUGAAGGAGUGA